UAACACUUCAAAACUCAGUACAGCACAUCCCAUCAUAUGAACAUGAGCACCAAAACAAAAUCCUUCACUCAAUAAUCUCUCAUCUCAUAGAACCCUAAAUUCUAUCUGGAAAGUAAUUUCUUGUACAUCCUGUGAUCCGAUUAAUGAAAUAGUGUGUUUAGUGAACUUUCUUCUAUUUCUUGAUUUAAACUGUAGGGAAAAUGGAUGGGGAUUUCUGGGCUACAAGAGUUCACUCAGCUAAGAACUUUUCUGCUCUCCAAGAUGCCAGACUCAACCAUUCAAGCAACCAUUUAAUUAUCGGUGAUGAAGGGGGUGAUGAAAUGAGAGCUUGGUUUCCCUGCCCUUUUUGUUAUGUCGAAAUUGAAGUUCCCGUGCUUUGUGUUCAUUUGCAAGAAGAGCAUUGCUUCGACUUGAAAGAUGCGGUCUGUCCCAUAUGUGCUGCAAAUUUAGGAAAAGAUGCAAUCGGCCAUUUUACGAUGAAGCAUGCACAUUCGAUAAAGAGGAAGAAAAAUACCCAAAAAUCCGGCUUUUGGAGUAAUGUAUCCACAAAUAUUGUUAAGGACAUUCGAGAACUAAGUUCAUAUUCGAUGAGCAGUCAGUCUAACAGGAGUGAACCAGCACCUGAUCCACUCUUUUCACCAUUUCUUUGCAAUGUGCCCCUUUCAGACCCUAAGUACAGUCGGAAAGAUACGACUUCUUACAUUGCUGCAACAAAUGAUUUAGAAAGCAGGAAAACAUCACAGAAAGAAGAAGUUCACGAACAAGAUUACGAGGAAAGGAAACAGAAAGCUGCAUUUCUUCUGGAGCUAAUUGCAUCAACCAUUUUCUCCGAUUCAAUGGAAGAGAACCAAUUCCAGUAAUGCUUCAGCAAUUUACACCAGGUUUUUAUUAAUGGUGCAUGAUUUUAGAAGAUCAAAUCGUUGGAAUUUGCCAACAGGGUGAUGCGAUUAUAUGAACCGUGUAUUACGUAUAAUUUGUAUGAGCUUAUGAUUAUGAUUAUGAUUAUGAUAUGAGACAAUGUACAAAUUGUCAUAAGAUAUUUUCGACAUGUUAUGAGUUUUGUUUUA